CCCCCCCCGCCUCUUUUUGCUUUGCCAUAAAUGAAAAGAAUUUGUGAUUUGAUGGGGGAACCCAUCAUCCUCCUCCUUCCCCCCUCUCCUUCGCCUCCUCAACUCAUUUAUUAUUCCACUACUAUAUAUAUAUAUAUAUAUAUAUAUAUAUAUAUUAUUCAACUUCUUUCUCACACUUCUCAAGAAACAAGUUAGUACAACCACUGCACAUUUUCGUUGAGCUUUUCUUUUUGUGUUCUUGAAACUUUCGAGCUUCUGGGCUGUUUUGUUUUUGUCUUCUCAUGCUCUAACAAUAACAGUAAUAUAAUGAGAACUCAUCAAGAGAAGCCUGUGAAUGAGGUUGAACAAGGUGUUGGUGUAUGUCCAAGCCAAGAAGCAGUUGACAAGGUUAAAGUUGAACACUCAAUAGAAAUAGUUGAAGAAACUGAUACUUUUCAACAUUGGAAGCGGAGAAAUCUCUUUCUAGAGAUACCCUCAAGAGCAUUGGAAGAAUCCUCGCGGGAUUCUGUUGUAAUCAGGAUGCCCCCGACACCUAGUCCAUCUCCUAGGAAAGUAAAUUUUCUCCUGACACCUAGCUCUGUGGAUGCAAGAGCCAGUGGUUCCCCAGCCGCCUCUUCAUCAAAAGGCAAAUCUUCCUUAAAAAGUUUGUUACCUAAACUAAGCUUCAAGUCUCGAACUUCUACUUUAGAUAUUGAAAAAGCUGCCACCGUAGCUCCAGAUGCUUCAUCUAUACCACGGAAGAAACCUUCAAUCUCAAGGUCAUUGUCACUUACAAGGAUCUUCACCCCUAGGAUGAAGCAAACAUCAUCACUUCCCGUGACGCCAAUUGCAAAUUCUAAGGCAGAGUCUGCACGCGGGGGAAGCGGUGGUGGCAUGCUAAAUUCAAGUAUGUCUUUGCAGAGGAAAGGAACCCAGCGGCAGAUAUCUCGCUCACUCUCAGUUCCUGUUAAUAAUAAAGAAAGAAGCAUAAAGAGGAUGGACUCUUUUUUCCGCAUGAUUCCUUCAACUCCUCAAGUGAAGGAAGGAGAUACAAUAACAAAUGCAUCUCCAAGUGUUGAUGCUGAAAGCAAUGGCGUUGAUGGUGAGGACAUACCCGAAGAAGAGGCUGUUUGUAGAAUUUGUUUGAUUGAAUUGUGUGAAGGUGGAGAGACCCUUAAGAUGGAGUGCAGCUGCAAAGGUGAACUUGCUCUGGCCCAUCAAGAAUGUGCUGUAAAAUGGUUUAGCAUCAAAGGUAACAAGAUCUGUGAUGUUUGCAAGCAAGAGGUUCAGAACCUGCCUGUGACUUUGUUACGAAUGCAAGGUGUCUGUUCUAGAACUAUUGGAGCAAGUAGAGCUAAUCAGGAAGAUGUUAAUGGAUACAGGCAAGUAAAUUUCUGGGUUUGGGAAGAAGUGCCUGUGCUUGUCAUUGUUAGCAUGCUUAUCUAUUUUUGUUUUCUUGAGCAGCUCCUGGUUGGAAAGAUGGGCAUGGGAGCGAUUGCUGUAUCCCUUCCUUUUUCUUGUGCGCUGGGCCUUCUCUCAUCCAUCAUCUCAUCAACUAUGGUAAAGAGAAGAUUUGUUUGGGUUUUUGCAUCAAUUCAAUUUGCCCUGGUCGUUCUCUUUGCACAUAUUUUCUACAGUUUGGUCAAUGUGCAAGCAGUUCUAGCCAUUCUCCUCGCAACACUUUCUGGAUUUGGCGUAGCAAUGACUGGGAGUUCCAUACUCGUUGAGUUUUUGAGAUGGAGGAGGUGGCACGCCCAACAUGGGCAGCUGCAUAGUUCCCAAGUAAUUACUGGACAAGGCCCAUUUCAAAGAGCUGUAAAUUCAUCAACUAGAGGCCAUCAUAACUUCCAGCCGAAUGAAGUGGAAAAUCCAGAAACUUUACGGGGGAGUUAAAUUUUUAUCUCAUUAGGAAUAAUUAAAAUGCAUAGUGCUUUAGAUGGUGUCUAAAUGAAGCUAAGUGGCUUUGUAAAUUGUGAUAUAUCCUGAGGUAGGAUCAUUGAAGUAGGAUCAUGGUAUGUUCUAUUAGUCAGAGAUUCAAUCUAAAAAAUUUAAGUUGUUAAAUAAAAUUUAAAGAUAUAAUUUAUAUUAA